CACAAAGCUCUACUUGUCUCAUACAUAAAUAUGAGCAUUCUUUCACCUUGGACUUGCAUCACCCAAAGUCCCAUUCAAUCAUCAUAAUCAUCAUCAUGUCCGAACAGGUGACUCUAUAUCUUCACAAGCUCUCGCCUUUUAGCCAAAAGGUCGAACUAGCUCUCAUCGAAGCUAAUGCACCCUACAGGGGCUACCACGUAAAUCUAUCCGAUAAACCAGAGUGGUUUACUAGCAAAGUGAACCCCGUCGGCAAGGUGCCCACUCUAACAUAUGGGGGACCCAGAGUCGACCCCGAGGAUCCAUCGUCCUUGUCCUCUAAAAUCACGGAAUCAAACGUCAUCCUCGAGUUCUUGGCGGACGUCUACCCAGACUCUGGCCUCUUGCCAAAGGAUCCUGUUUCACGUGCCAAAGUCCGUUCAUUCGUUGAUGCGAGUACUAAACAAGUCGAGGGCCCGCUUUACGACUUUAUCCGAGGGCUCGGGUCAUACGAAGAUCUCUUGAAGGGUAUUGAAUUUGUUCAGGGACUUCUCGAGGACGGAGAUUUCGCAGUUGGAGACCAUUACACCAUUGCGGAUGCUUGCAUCUCUCCGCAGCUCGUAAGGCUGAAGACCAUCACCGAGACUGACCUAGGCAAAUUCCCUGUCGGUUUGGGGUUCAAGCUGGGUGAGGAGCUAAAGGGAUCUAAAUUCGCUAAAUUCACGAAAUACGCCGACCAAAUACUGGAGCGUUCAAGCUUGAAGCAAACCUAUGAUGAAGUGCGUAUUUUUCCGCUACCUUGGUGGUAGGUCAAAAUGACUUAUUGCUACACUUCUUAGGGGGCCCUGAUCGCAUACUUCAAGACCUCUCUCGUGCGCGCACAGUGAACAUAUACCUGAUGAAACAUAGUUAGCUUCGUACGACAAAGUUUACUCGCUGUUAAAAAUUUGCAGUACAUUCAAACAAAUGACACUGACUUUAACCCAGGGUUGCAAAUCACAAUGUAGCACACUCGUCUUCUACUCAUUUCCUUUGCACAAUAAUUCUAGAUUAUCAGAACAUAGCUUGCUGUAUGUGUUUUUGAUUUCAUGAAAAACGGGCUGGAAAUAGUUGCGGCAGCGAAAUACUGCAUAGAACAUGCACUUUCCAUGCUAAUCCAUCAGAG